UUUUCCACUUUUCGCGCGGUUAGUGCCAGUGAAAUGAGCGUGUGGAAAUUUGUCGUGUUCAAACUCGUUGGGAAAACUUAAGUGUGUGAUUUGUUUGCAUAAUUGUUAUAUUGGAUAAAUUUAGUUAUUCCCUGAAAAUGACGUAAGCCUAUGUCACGAUGAGGAUCGCUACCCUGACCGUGACACUUGCCUGUGUCAUGUCACUCAAGCUCGCACACUCAAAAAUAGGUUACUUCUGGCACAUCACGGACUUCCACUACGAUCCUCUAUACACCGCCCAGGGCGACACUAGAAGACAUUGUCGUAGAGCAGACGAGCGUGGAAGUUCAGGACAUCACCGAGCACUGGGUCGAUUAGGUGACUACUCCUGUGACAGCUCACUUGAGCUCAUCCAGUCAGCGCUGAGGUACAUGAGGACACGCCACUCUGAAAAUGUGGAAUUUGUUCUUUGGACUGGAGACAUCGUAGCAGCUCAAUAUUCAGAAAAUGAAGAAAACAGGUACCAAGCAAUCAGAAAUAUAACGGAGUUGCUCCGAAUGACGUUCAGUUCACACUUCGUUUUUCCUGUUCUUGGUCAUACGGAUCCGGCACCUUCAGAAACCUUAACAAAUUUAUGGAGUCACUGGCUUCCCAUGGAAGCGUUGACGACAUUAAAGAGUGGGGGUUACUACACGAUAGAACAGUCGCACAGUAAGCUUCGGAUUGUGGCGCUGAAUACAAACCUGUUCAGCGUGAGCGAAGAAAACAGUGCACCCGCGAGGCGACAGUGGGAGUGGCUAGACGAAGUGCUGGAAAAGGCCACAGCUAACAGUGAGAUGAAGACAGAAAAGGUGUACAGCUCAGCAUUUGCCUUGCAUUAUAAGUACAUGCGUGAAGCAGGUAAAUAG